AUGAGUGGAUGUGAGGUGUUCCGCGAAUGGGUUAUUUAUGGAACAGAGAUUGGAAGAUUGAGUCGCGCCUGGAAAUGGAGAGGAAUCGGUGAUGGGAGUAGUUGUUAUGAAAAGACAGAGGGUACGCGGCUGGAGAUUUGCAGAAGUAGGGAAAGGUUGGGUUUUGCGCAGAAUGGUUGGUUUGUAGAUGGUGAGAAAACAUGGGAUGGUUUUGCCAGUGGUAUUUUAACAGAUUCUAUGCUGGUACAGGUUAAGCUGGUUUUAUGGUUAACUGAUUUCAUGGUUUUAACAGAUCCUAAGCAGAUUCCUGGUUUUGGUAACAGCAGGUUCCAGGUUUUGGUAACAGCAGGUGUGAAGGGUUACAAAAAACUGUUUAGAGUUACAACAAGGUCUUUGGGUGGUGUGAUUCAGGAAAGUUGGGAGGAUUGUUUUUUUGAGAUUUUUGUCUUAUGGGCUGCAUUCUGGGCUGUUUUGCAGGACAGAUUUGGACAGCAGCUUGGUAUGGUCUUUAUUGACACAAGGUUGAAGAAAAUGGACAGCACUACACUCAAAAAAAUGGACUGA